UUCAAAGGCAUACAUGUUCAAUUUAAUGCAAAAUGUAAGAUGAUCUUAACAACUGCCGCGUUCAAAACAACUGGGAUCGGAAAUCUCCGACUUCAGUCCGUUCAUGACAACUGGGAACCUGGGGGAAACAAACGAUAUCCGUAUGGGAAAAAUCUACCCAGAAUUCUGAAGUCUGAAACUUGGGCAUCUGUCUCUUGAGCUCCGACUUUCCGACAUGAAGAUCACUGACUUCAUGUUUUUUACGUGUUCAUUGUUGUCUUGUGGUUCUUUUAAUUGUUUUGAUCGCGGCAUUGAAAGUGCUGAACUACCGACACUACUUUCCGCGUUCAGAACAACUGGGAACUCGGAAAUCUCCGACUUCAGUGCGUUCAAAACAACUGGGACUAGCUCUGACUGGGAAAACUCCAUUUGAGUUGUCAAGUAACUCGGGGCAUUUCUAGAGCUCCGACCUGAAGAUGAAGACGUCAUGAUUUGACCUCGUAUGUUUUUCCGAGUUCCCAGUUGUUUUGAACGUAGGAACUGUAAUCGGUGUCUGACGUAUGAUGCACGCCCCCCAUUCCAACGCUUCCUGACAAAGAUGGCGGCGACCUUGUGCGGCAGGCUUUUACCAAAACAGGGAUGGCUUCCCCUGACACAGAGUGUCCGGCAUGGCUCUAAGGCAGUCACGCGUCACAGGAAGCCCAUGCACAUCCUCAAACAGAAGCUGAUGGCUAUCACAGAAUACAUUCCACCCAAACCUGCAGCUCCCCCCGGGGCUCUGACCCCCCGUGUCAAACCAGUUCAGGAGGAAAGUGGCCUGGUGUUGCUCUUGAAGAAGGAUUUGCAGACCAUGUUCCAGGACUGUAAGAUGAUCGCUGUGAUCCAAAACAACGCCACCAAUUCAGAGGACAUGCUGCUUCUCAAGCACAGGCUCCACAAGCAUGGCAUCAAAAUCAAGUUUAUCCCCAACCAGGUGAUGAGGUCCUACCUGGCAGACAGCCCUUACAUUAACAUGGGGCCUCUAUUCAUCGGCCAGACAGUUCUAUUUGUUAGUAAAGAGCCAAAGGUGAAGGAAAUGCUUUUGAGUUUGAGGACCAGCCCCCAGAUGGUAUUAUUGGGGGCCUGUAUAGAGAAGAUAUUGCUGAGUCGGCAGGGGGUGUUGAACUAUGCCAAGCUGCCGUCAGUGACCUUGGUCCAGGGAGAGCUGGUGAGUGGCCUGACCAUGCUGACCUCGCAGACAGCCUCAAUGUUGCAGCGCCACCCCGCCCACCUCUCAUUGAUACUCCAGCAGUACCUCAAACAGCAGGCUCCCGCAGGCAGUACCAACGGGACCCCAGGGGAGAGCCCCCCCAAGGCAGAGGAGACUGCUUAGGUCUAGACGAUUCACACCCGCGGGGGAGGGGAAGGGGAAGGAUGUCGGCAGCACUAUGGCUACUGGGAGGUCAUGUCUGCAGAUUUAAGGUCUGCCUCUGACCUGGAGGUCAUACAAUGUACAGUACAACAUGAACCGCUACAACACCUCUUGAGAGCAACUCUUGGAGAAAACGUGUUUUUGUUCCUUUUGUUCAUUAUUUUGAUUACUACUCAUGUUCUGUUCUAAGGCCUCUUUGACCAUAUCAAAAAUAAAUGAUGUUUAAAAUAUUG